ACCUCUACCGGCCGCCGUAGUUCCGUGGUUGAUGACGGACUUUCGUUUUGUAGGAGGGCUUUAAAUCGACCUGUCAGGAUUGUGUCGCGUGUUCAGGAAAUUUUCGCAGUGGUUACGGACACACGGUUUCCCACCGGGGUACGUGGCCGCACUAACACUCCAUGGCAGCAGAAAUAAGGACGAGCAAGUUCGUGGUGGUCGGGGGCGGCGUUGCGGGUGUCACGUGCGCUGAGCAGCUUGCGUCGCAGUUCCCCUCUGAAGACAUUGUCCUGCUCACCGCCUCUCCCCUCAUAAAGGCCGUGAGCAACUUCAAACAGGUCUCCAGGACGUUGGAAGAUUUUGAUAUCGAAGAGCAGCCUUCCAGUGUUUUAGAAGCAAAGUGUCCCAAUGUGAGAGUGAUUCACUCCGCAGUGACGAAGCUACAGGCACAGCAGCAUAUGCUACAGACAGAUGAUGGAGGGCAGAUUUGCUAUGGCAAGCUGUGUAUCUGCACGGGAGGGAGGCCAAAACUACUCACUGGCGACAGCCCCUUUGUGCUGGGUAUCCGAGACACUGACAGCGCCAAGGAAUUUCAAAAGUGCUUAUGUAAAGCAAAGCGAAUAAUUGUUGUUGGAAAUGGAGGGAUCGCCUUGGAACUAGUGUAUGAGGUAGAGGGCUGCGAGGUGAUUUGGGCAGUGAAGGAUAAGGCUAUUGGCAAUACCUUUUUCGACGCAGGCGCUGCACAGUUCCUCAUUCCUUCCCUGAAGUCUAACAAGCCAGAGAAGACUGGGCCCUUCAAGAGGACCCGCUAUACAACUGACGAGACCAUGACCUCACAUGCUUCUGCAGACAAAGCUGCGGGCUUGGCAGGUGGCAGCGCCCUUGGGCCGGACUGGCAUCAGGGCAUGAGUCUUAGAGGAGCACAAGAGAUGGCCCGCAGAGUCCACGUGGAAUACCACUGUGAGGUUGAGAAGAUAUGUACACGUGAGCAAUACCAGCAUGCAAGGCAGCAGCCAUCCACAAACGGUUCUGAGCAGCUGGCAGAUGCAGGUCACUGGCCGGUCUAUGUCCAGUUGACUAAUGGGAAGACAUACGGCUGUGAUUUCAUAGUCAGCGCCACAGGAGUCCUCCCGAAUACAGAACCCUUUCUUCAAGGGAACGCUUUUGCAGUGGCAGAGGACCUUGGUCUUUGUGUGGAUGACCAUAUGCGCACAUCAGAACCAGAUAUUUAUGCUGCAGGAGAUGUUUGCACUGCAUGUUGGGAACCCAGUGCAUUGUGGCAGCAGAUGCGUCUGUGGACUCAGGCCCGCCAGAUGGGCUGGUAUGCGGCUCAGUGUAUGGCAGCAGAUGUCCUGGGCGAAUCCAUAGAACUGGCCUUCUGCUUUGAGCUAUUCACACACAUCACCAAGUUCUUUAAUUACAAGGUGGUGCUACUGGGAAAAUUCAAUGCACAAGGUCUGGGUCAAGAGCAUGAGUUGCUUGUGCGCUGCUCCCCAGCCCAGGAGUACGUAAAGGUUGUGCUGGCAGGGGGGCGCAUGGUAGGUGCAGUACUCAUCGGAGACACAGACCUGGAGGAGACCUUUGAGAACCUCAUGCUCAACCAAAUGGACUUGACAGCUUACAAGGAGGAGCUGCUCAACCCCAACAUCGACAUCGAGGAUUAUUUUGACUGAAGGCUCACUAAGGCUGGCAGCCCCUGCUAUGACAAAUUCAGUCAUGGAGAUUGGGGGGAGUUCAGCUGCUGUUUGCAUUUUGACAAGCACAGACUUGUCCAUAGUUGUUUUGCUUGUCUUUUGAGUUCAGAAUGAAAAGUUCAUGCGUUUAAGUCCGACAAAACUGAUCUUUGUUGUGUUAAGGUUUACAAAUAGUAGCAUAAUUUACAGAAGCCAGUUAACACUUAAGGAAUUAAAUUUGAAACUAUCAAUU